ACUUCCAAUCAACUUUCACUUAAGCCCACGGAUCCAGCGGCCCAGCGUGAGAGGCGGAACUCUCUGGCCUUUUUUCUCUCGGUCCCAAGCAGCUGCACGCGCGCACCGCCCCUCGCCGCCGGCCACGCUCCUCUCCCUCUCCGCCGCCGCCGCAGCUGCAGGAACUCGCCUCGCCGGAGACCAUGUACCGCGCCGCCGGGAGCCACCUCCGCUCCCUCAAGCAUCAUGGUGCUUCUAGGUUUGCCAGCACAAAUGUUGUGAAGCAGUCCUCAGGUGGUCUGUUCAGCUGGCUUCUUGGUGGAAAAUCAAGCCAACUCCCUCCCCUUGAUGUUCCGCUCCCAGGCAUUGCCAUUCCCUCACCUCUACCAGAUUUUGUAGAGCCAUCUAAGACAAAAGUCACCACACUUCCCAAUGGCGUCAAGAUUGCCUCGGAGACAUCAUCGAGCCCUGCAGCAUCUGUGGGUCUGUACAUUGACUGUGGUUCCAUCUACGAAACACCUGCUUCAUCUGGAGUAUCACAUCUGUUGGAGAGAAUGGCUUUCAAGAGCACAGUGAAUCGGACUCACUUGCGGUUAGUUCGCGAGGUAGAAGCCAUUGGAGGAAAUGUCUCCGCAUCAGCUUCUCGUGAACAAAUGAGCUAUACCUAUGAUGCAUUGAAGUGCUAUACACCAGAAAUGGUUGAAGUUCUCAUUGACAGUGUGAGGAAUCCAGCAUUCCUCGAUUGGGAGGUCAAAGAGCAGCUCCAGAACAUAAAAUCUGAAAUAGCUGAUGUGUCUGCUAAUCCUCAAGGUCUACUUCUAGAGGCCCUUCAUUCGGCUGGAUAUUCCGGGGCAUUAGCAAAACCUUUGAUGGCUUCAGAAUCCGCUGUAAACCAAUUGGAUGUUAGCAUCUUGGAGGAAUUUGUUGCUGAACAUUACACUGCUCCCAGGAUGGUUCUUGCAGCAUCAGGAGUUGAGCAUGAUGCGUUGGUUUCAGUUGUAGAACCACUUCUGUCUGACCUUCCGUGUGUGAAACGUCCUGAAGAGCCAAAAUCUGUGUACGUGGGAGGGGACUAUCGCUGCCAAGCAGAUUCUCCAAGCACACACAUUGCACUUGCUUUUGAGGUGCCAGGAGGCUGGAAUCAAGAGAAAACUGCAAUGGUUGUGACGGUGCUCCAGAUGCUCAUGGGAGGAGGAGGGUCCUUCUCUGCUGGUGGACCUGGAAAGGGAAUGCAUUCUCGAUUGUAUCUCCGUGUCUUGACCAACUUCCAACAGAUUGAUUCAUUCUCUGCUUUCAACAGUGUCUAUAACAAUUCAGGCCUUUUUGGAAUUUAUGCAGUCACUAGCCCAGACUUUUCAUCGAAGGCUGUGGAUUUGGCAGCAGGGGAACUCCUGGAGAUUGCAACUCCUGGAAAAGUUACACAAGAACAGCUUGAUCGUGCUAAAGAGGCAACCAAAUCUGCAGUUCUGAUGAACUUGGAAUCAAGGUCUAUAGCAUCCGAAGAUAUUGGAAGACAGGUUCUGACUUAUGGGGAAAGGAAGCCCAUUGAAUAUUUCCUGAAAACAGUUGAGGAGAUCACUUUGAAUGACAUUUUGUCAACUGCAAAGAAGAUGAUGUCUUCACCGCUCACAAUGGCGUCAUGGGGCGAUGUUAUUCAUGUUCCUAGCUACGAGUCUGUCAGCCGCAAGUUUCACUCGAAGUGAGGAUUCAGCAUUGGACUUGCAUGACCUGUUCCAACAACUGAAGGUGAAGCCUGCAACGGCCCCUCAGCUGGAAUAGUUACUCACAGAAUAAAAAUCAUGUGAUUUCUAGUGCCCCUUCCCUGCGUGUAUACGCUAAACAUGUUUUUGAUAAGAAUCAGGCAACUUAUUUUUCAGUAUCGCAGCGGCACUAGAUUUUGUGGAUAAAUGAGCUUUCUGGGUAAGCUCGUGCAGAAAUAUUUUCCCAACAUAUUUUGCAGUUUAGACGAGAAAGACACAUGUACCAUUUUGCAUGUUUGUGUUGGAUGCAUGGCGUACAUCUUUCGCAAUUUUGGCUGUUACUGUUUC